AUGGUUUUGGGGAGAUUAGCGGCCAUUUUGUACCUGAUUUUCUGGGUGGAGAAUGGCUGCGCAGAUGCAUCCACGCCAUGCUGGACAGCAGGAAACUGGAGCUGUAUGGAUCCCGAGCCGUAUCUGCUCGUUGGCCUCAGAAACAUCAUUCUCCGGAUCAACCUGGAUGGUGGGGAUCAAAAAUGGCUCUCAUCUGGUGUGGGAAAUGCCAUCCUGAUGGACUUCCACUCCAGGGAAGGAAGAGUGUAUUGGGUCGACACACACACAGGUGUCCUGAGUCGGGUCAACUUGGAUGGGACACACACUCAGAAACUUCUGUCACUGGAGAAAGGAAUCUCAGGCCUGGCUGUGGACUGGAGAGAAAACUCAGUGUACUGGAGCAGCAGGAAAACAGGGACGAUCCGGAGAGCAGAUACAGACGGACACAACGUGAAAACCAUCCUGAGAGACCUGACUCAGCCAAGCAGCGUGGCUAUCGAUCCAAAUGCAGGAUAUGUGUUCUGGUUGUCGGCCGGCGUGAUGUCCAGGAUCCAGCGCUCGGAUCUGACUGGAGCUCUGAUCACCACGGUGAUGAAAAUCCCAAACAGAUUGUUGUGUUUGGCCGUUGAUGCCGUGGACAGGAAGCUGUUCUGGAUUCAGCACAGUGUGAACGAACUCAGCGCUCUCGGAUCCUGUGAUUAUAACGGCAACGCCAUUGACAUCAUCAACCAGAGACUGAGAACGAAGUCCCCAAAGAUGGCGCUUUUCUUGAAUUAUGUGUUCAUGACGGACUCUGGAUCACGGAGUGUAAUGAGAGUCAGCAGGCGCACGGGAGAACCUCCUGAGAAACUGAACCCCAAAAAGAUGCCGAGUGUUCUUGUGGACCUUAAAGUGAUCCAUCCGCUGAAUCAGCCAGUGGAGGAACCCGAGGCAAGUGCUCAGUGUGUGUGUGUGUGUGUGUGUGUGACAGACGAAUGUGUGAAUGUAUGUUCCAUCUCUAGUGGUCAAUGUAAGUGCAAAUCCGGUUUCACGCUCAGCAAACACGGCGACUCCUGUGAAGAUAUAAACGAGUGUGCAUUAUGGAAUCACGGCUGCUCUCUGGGGUGUGACAAUGUUCCGGGUUCUUAUUUCUGCACCUGCCCUGAAGGAUACGUUCUUCUGCCUGACCACAGAACAUGCAGAGAAAUAAAGCCAUGUGUGGAGAAUGGUACACUGUGUGAACACGCCUGCACACACACACUAGAGGGUGACGUGUGUGUGUGUCCAGUUGGAUCCUCUUUAGGACCUGAUCAACGUUCCUGCACAGGGUGUGUGUCUGUGGAUCGAGGAGGCUGUAGUCAGGUGUGUGUGACGUUGUCACCCGGGAGGUGGGAGUGUGAGUGCCAACCUGGAUACCAACUACAGCCAGAUGGCAAACAAUGCAAAGCCCCAGGUCCUCCAGCGUUGUUGCUCUUUGCUAACGUGGUGGACGUGAGGAGUGCAAAUGUGGAUGGAUCAGAGAGCAGGAGUCUGAUGAAUGAAUCUAAACGCUCCAUCAUGGCUGUGGAUUACGACCCUGUGCAAAACAGAGUGUAUUUUGCCGAUACUGAGCGUAGACAGAUUGAGAGCAUGUCUGUAGAUGGAGGUGAGACAGAAGUGCUGAUGUCUGAUCUCGUCUCACCCGAGGGAAUCGCUGUGGACUGGAUCAACCGCAAACUCUACUGGACAGACAGAGGGUUGUCCUCAGUGUCUCGUAGACGACUGAACGAUGGUCUGGACAGCACGGUGCUGAUUCACGAUAAGCUGCUGCAGCCAAGAGACUUAGCAGUUCACCCUCAAACUCAGAUGGUAUUCUGGACAGAUGUGGGUUUCCCUGUGGCAGUGUGGAGGGCGGGUCUGGAUGGAGAGGAGCGCACGGUGCUGAUCGGUUCAGGACUCGUCUCUCCCUGCGGCGUCACUGUGGAUCACAGCACACACACACUGUACUGGAGCGACAUCGGAGCUGGACGCAUCGAGUCAGCGGGACUGGACGGCUCACACCGACACACACUCACACGCGAGCAAGUAGGUCGUCCAUUUGAUGUAGCAGUGUUUGAAGACACUCUGUGGUUCACUAACUGGGAAGAUAAUCACAUUUAUCAUCUGGAUAAAAGAACAGGAAGUGAUGUCGAACAACUCAUUGUGGACUCUGUGCAACCAGCUUCACUUAUUAUAGUACAUCCUCUCAUUAAACCAGGGGCGGACCUUUGUCUCCAUGGAAAUGGGGGAUGUUCCCAGCUGUGUGAAAGCAGACUCGGAUUGGCUCAUUGCUCCUGCCAUUCACUGCACGUCCUAUCAUCUGAUGGCAAAACCUGUCUUCCUGCAGAUACCUCAUCCAUGUCUUCAUCCUCUUCCUCUUCUUCUACAGGAUCAGGUGAUGAUGAAUGGAGUGACCGAUUGAAGAAUAAAUCCCUCAACAAUGAAAGAUCUCCUCUUUCUCUGUCCUCUGAACGAGAACCCUUCAUCGACAAGAUGGUGUCAGAUCAGGAUGAGUGUUUCUCUCUGAGCUGUGAUGUGAACGCACAGUGUGUGCUGGACGAUGGAGGUUCAGUGUGUCGCUGUCUGAGCGGCUUCACCGGAGAUGGACAGCUCUGUAUGGAUAUUGAUGAGUGUGUGACAGGUUUGGCGGAGUGUACCAGUCCUCAAUCGGAGUGUGUAAAUACACCAGGUGGAUAUUUUUGUCAGUGUGGAGUAGGGUUUAACAGAGAUGGACACCACUGCACCGAUGUAGACGAAUGCAGUUUGCAGCUGCACAGCUGUGAUGGGAACGCCGUGUGUGUGAACACUCCGGGUGGAUAUGAGUGCAGGUGUAGAUUUGGACCCACAGGGCCGGGAUUCAGCUGCAGCGGUAAACUCUCUGGCGCCCCCUCCAGGCCAAGCUCAGCAACUCCGCUUGACCUGAUGACCCCGUGGCAGCUUGGGGACAUGGUGGAGAUCUGUCCGUCCACACACGACUCCUACUGUCUCCACAAUGCUGUGUGCUUCUACUUUCCCAAGAUGGAGACUUACGCCUGCAACUGUGCUCCAGGUUAUAUAGGGGAGCGAUGUCAGUACAGUGAUUUGGAAUGGUGGGAUCUGCAGCAGGUCGAACAGGAGAAGAGGAGAAACACCGCCAUCGCUGUGGUUGUCACUUUACUCCUCCUGCUGCUGUCGAUCACAGCCACCAUCACCUACUGCUACAGGUGUGGGAGGUGUUCAGGAAGGCGAGCUGCAGUGGACGUGGUCAGUGAGACAAGUGUGUGUGAGGAGGAGAGCGUCACUGAAGCCCCGCCCAUCAGCCCACAGGUCUAUGUGCUGCUGGACCAUGGAGUGUAUAAUGAUGGAAAGCUGCUCCACGUGGUUGCUUCUCAGAAUAGAAGAGUGUGUCCAUGCUACUUCUCAGAAACAGGUGAGAGUGUGGUCUCUGAUGAUGCUGCGACUCAGAAAAUACUUGUGGAUUUCGCAGGCAGUGACAAACCCGAGUCGUGUAUGAAGUGCAACGUUAAUCUGAUCUCACUGGCUGAUUCAAACACACCAUCACUGAUCUGA